AUGAGCGACCUCCCGCUCGGCACCAAAGUCCGCGUCAACGCCGGUACCGGCCUCGUGCGCUGGGUCGGCACCGAACCGGCCUUCGCGCCAGGCAAGUGGGUCGGUAUUGAGCUUGACACCCCGACGGGCAAGAACAACGGCAGUGUCAAGGGCGAGGUGUACUUCUCGUGCGAGGCCGGACAUGGUGUCUUCGUGCGACCGAGCCAGGUGCAUGUGUUGGAGAUGCGGCGAGCGCCGCGUACGUCGACGCUCCCCGCGAGCUCCGGCUCGUCACGCACAAGUAGAUCCACGACCCCCGCGCGCCCCGGCCAAGAUGUUCCGCGCACGGCGCCAACACCUAUCCCGGCGACCCCGAACCGCUCUGUUUCCCGCACCUCGAGCGUGGACGUGCCGCCUUCCCCAGCAGCUGGGCCAACUGGCACGAUCCGCGCCGCUCGUACAAGACCGCCUGCGAUUCGCACUACUGGAACCCCAGCAAGCCGGCGGACGAGCGUGCUCCCGUCCAGCGCGAGCUCAGCCGCCCCGAGCCCCCGCAUCCCUGUCUCGCCGAUGGGUCGUCGUGCCUCGGCGAUUGGGACAAGCCGCACUCACACGCCAAUCACUGCGCGUGGACCUACGCAGCGCAAGGCGGACGAUGAGCUCAUGCCUCCGCCGCCUGUACCCGAACGCGCCCCUCCAGAAACGCCGCGCCGCAUCCCAGAGCCGCAGCGUGGUGGCAGUGUGAUCCCAUCGCCGCGGCGUCUGUCGCACCGGUCACAACCCGAGUCGCCAUUCGUCGCUGUAGAGCGUCCAGGUUUCGACGACGGCGACACCACCUUCCUUGCCUCGCCAGAUAGCUCGUCGCUCGCCGUUUCACCAUCCCCUCAUUCACUCACAAUCCAUGGCAGCCGGCGCGACAGCCUGUCGCCCGGCUCCAUCCAACCCCCAUCCGUCUGCCCGUCACCUUCCAACCCCUCUUCUCCCCUCACCCCAAAAUCCACAGCGGCCGUGUUUGCGCAGAAGCGCGAGCUCGAGGAACUGCGGAUCAAAGUUCGUCUCCUGGAAAGCCACCGCACAGAGGACCAGGCGACCAUCAAGGGCCUUGAGAAGCGCGCCGCCGAGGGCGACUCGCUUCCCGCCAUCCGCGCCAAGCUCCAGGCCAAAUUCCAGGAGCAGGCCGGCGAGAUCGUCAAGCUCAAGCGCGAAAACUCGGAUAUGCGGUCCGAAAACGAAUUACUCGAGUCACAGCGACAGGAUGCCUUUGACCAGGCUGAGAUGGCGACAUUAGACCGAGAGGUUGCCGAAGAGAAGGCCGAGGCGGCCGAGGCCGAGACCGAACGACUCAACGAGAAGAUCCAGGAACUCGAGCUGGAGGUCGCCGUGCUCAAGGAGGAGAACGCCGAGUACGAUAAGCCGAUUGACGGCCUAGCGGGCGGCGCUCACACGUCCAUCGCCUACAUCCAACUGGAGAAGCACAACGAGCGGCUCAAGGACGCCGUGAUUCAGCUGCGCGACAUGCUGCACGACUCGGAGAAGGAGUACAAGCUCAAGAUACAUGACCUCGAGAAGGAGCUGAGCUCGAAUUCCGACCUUUCGGGGCGCUUCGAUCUCACAACGGCCAAGCUCGCACACAGCGAAGCGCAAGUCGAGGACCUGAAGCAGCAGCUGGACGACGCACUUGGGGCAGAGGACCUGCUCGAGGAGCUCACAGAGCGCAACCUGCAGAUGGGCGACAAGAUGGAAGAGAUGCGAGCCACGAUCGACGAUCUCGAGGCGCUCAAGGAGCUCAACGACGAGCUCGAGGAGAGUCACGCCGAGAGUGCCAAGCAGCUCGAGGCCGAGAUCGACGGCGUCACCGCGCAGCUCAAGGAGGAGGGCGCACGGUCAGCUGAGCUUGAGGCACUCGUUGUCGACAUGGAGGCGACGAUCGGCCAGUUCCGCGAGCUCGUCCACAACCUCCAAGCCGAGAUUGACGAGUUACGAGAGCAGCAGGCGAGCCAGGAGCACGACUCGGCGGCGGCGAACAAGGAGUCGCAGGCGCUGCUCAACCUCAACCUCAAGCUGCAGAGCUCGGCAGUCAAGACGCAGAGCAAGACGGUCGACCUCGAGCUCAAGAAACUUGAGGCGGCCCAACUCGCUGAGCACCUCCGCAUCAUUCAGGCCUACCUACCCGAGGCGUAUCUCGAGAGCGAGGCUGACAGUGUCUCGGCUCUCCUCUUUUUCCUCCGCGUGGGCGAGAAGGUCAACAUGCUCACCACCGUCAUCAGCAACCUUCAUGGCCUCCCGGGCGCGCUGUACACCGUGUCCUCUGAAGCACUCGUUGGCGUGUGUGAGCUGCGCGGCAAGCUGCGCUCCUUUGCGACGCUCAACCGUCGUUUCGCCGUCAUCAUGCGCCGCACCCAGCCGGACGACUACGUCGCCCUCGGGCGGGUCGUUGGCGAGCUUGCGGGCGUCGAGAGCCGGGUGGACGGGUGGAUCGCGAGUGUCAAGACGGACGAGUUCAACGACGGCGAGUGCGCGCGCGAGCUCGACGCGUUACUCGCCCAGUUCAACCACCUCGCCGAGGUUAUGUUUAACCACCCUGGCCUCGACGCUGGUGAACAGCAGGUUGCUGCAGCCUACACUCUCGAGGAUGACCUGGACAACUUUGCAGCUGCAGUCGGCUUCGUACGCACCGAGAUCAUGGCGCUUGUCAAGGACGGUGACGUCGACGUCGAGCUGGGCGAGUACACCCUCGACGAGGCGGUGUAUGACCCGGUGCAGCGCGUAUUGAACCAGGUGCGCGCAGUCAAGGCGCCGGCAGGCAAGCUCGUCUCGGUGAUUGAAGAAGUUGCGGCGUCUCAGGCGGCACUGGCACCCGAGUUUUCUGACGGCCUCCGCGACCUCGUAUCAUCAGUCAGCGCAGCGGUGGAUAUGGCGGUGCGCCUGGCCCAGCGCGUGCGGCAGCACGUUGACAGCCUCCGUGCUUCCAAGGCGCCCCUACGCCUGACGGACAUGGACAAGUUCCUUGGCGAAGUGACCAAUACGGACGGGGAGCCAUGGGACGUGAUCGCGUCCUUUGUUCAGCGCCUUGCGUCCGACUUGGCCGACACGCUACCCAAGUUCCGCGCCGCCAAGGCUGGGCAAGUCGUGUCGCUCGCGGCCCCUCCGCCGUGGCUCGCGCGCGUGGCAGCGAUCCGUGAGGCGGCAUCGUACAAUGCCGAGGCGGAGCGCCGCGUCUCGCGCCUAAGCGACGAGUUGCGGGACAUGGUGCGCGAGAUCAAACUCCGCGACCAGAGCCUGCAGGAGGGUUCCGUGAAGAUCGAGACCCUGGAGCGCAGGAUCGAGGGCGCGAGGAAACAGGCCGACCAUAUUCUCGAGUUGGAGAGGGAAAUUGCCAAAUCGCGCAAGCAGGAAAAGGAGUACGAGGACGCAAUCGAACAGCUGCAGGCCGACCAGGCCGACCUCGAGUCCGAGAACGCCAAGCUCCAUCGCCGGCCCACAUCGCAGGGAACAGCUCCGGCACCAGAACCCACGACGGGCGAGCAAGUGGCCGGGCUGCGGGCCGCGCUGCGGUUCCUGCGGAGCGAGAACGCCCUCCUCAAGUCGAGGGACUUGUAUGCCGAUGUACAUAUGCUCCCUCCGCUUCGUCCCUUCCCUCCCUCUCCCUCCACCCCGCCACCACUCACCCAAGAAGACAGCGACGCCGAAUCCGACGGGCCCGCCACUCCUCUCGGCAGUCCCUGGAUCGCGCAUCCCCACCUGCCCGUUACCAAAAUCGCCCUUGAGACCGAAAGUAAAUUGCUUCUCCGCGCAGUGGCGGCUUAUGCCUCCUCGCCUCGGAUUGUCGACAUCUCGGGCAUUGAUGGGACAUCCUGGCAUUCUCGGAAGAAUAGUCCCGAGGCGCAGGCAUGGCGGCUUGCGCGGGAACGGACACGCUUGGAAGGGCGCGUUAAGGAUUUGGCGGAGCGGGUGCGCGCUUUGAAGCAGUAG